CUUUUCUUAUCUUUUCAGAGACCUGAGUUAUAACCAGCUGGUGAAAAUUGACCGAAAGGUAUUCCGUGGAGCUUCAUUACUCAGGGACUUGCGGCUACACAACAAUCAAAUCCUCUGCAUUAUGAGUGGCUCCUUCAGACCUCUCAAACUCAUUGAAACUCUAUAUCUGAAUGACAACAAUUUGACAACGCUCAGCAGUAGCAGCUUCACACAUAUGAGUUUCCUCAAACAACUGAGACUUUCCAAGAAUCCAUUGGCUUGCGACUGUCAUCUGAGUUGGCUGGCUCUUUGGUUAAGACCCCACAUCCAUCUUGGUCUCUUCACCACCUGCGAGACCCCUCGACAGCUUCAUGGACUCAAGGUGGCUGAACUACAGACUAGUGACUUCAGAUGUACAGGUAAUGAGAACCAUGAGGCAUUGUGUGAAGUGGAACCGCUUUGUCCAGCGAAGUGUGAAUGCACCUCUAAGUCAGUGGAUUGCAGGAACAGAGGACUCACCGAGUUACCCUUCACCUUCCCCUAUCAUAUGAUGGAACUACGACUGGAGCAGAACUAUAUCACAGAGAUUCCGCCAAGGGCUUUCUCACCUUACAAGAAACUGAAGAGGAUAGACUUGAGUAACAAUUUAAUAGAGACCAUUGCAGAAGAUGCCUUCAGUGGUUUAAGGACACUCAACUCACUAACCCUGUAUGGCAACCACAUGUCUGAUCUACCAGAAGCCAUCUUCAGAGAUCUUACAGCUCUCCAGCUCCUGCUCCUCAACGCCAACAGGCUGACCUGUAUCCGCAUCAACCUCUUCAGGGAUCUCGUCAAACUUCAUCUUCUAUCUCUUUAUGACAACAACAUUCGAUCUUUGUCAAAUGGAACAUUUGAUUCACUCAGAUCUCUUCAAACAUUACAUUUGGCCCGCAACCCCUUCAUCUGCGACUGUAACUUGAGAUGGAUCGCAGAGUACCUUGAAAGCAAUCCGGUCGUUGAGACAAGCGGUGCACGUUGUGCCCGACCCGUCAGAAUGGAACGCAAGCGGAUCACUAACAUGAAGAGCGUCAAGUUCAAGUGUAAAGAUGCCGAGUAUUACAGGACUGCCCAAGCCGGCCAGUGUUUUAUUGAUCAUGACUGCCCCGAUGCUUGUACAUGUCAUGAAAGUAUUGUAGACUGUUCUAACAGAGGGUUACCAACUGUUCCAGAUGAAAUUCCCACAUAUACAACAGAAUUGAAAUUGAAUGGAAAUGAGAUUUCACGCAUUUCUGCGGACGGGAAGUUCCUUCAUCUGCCCAAUCUCAAAAUCUUGGAUCUCCGUGACAACCGCAUCUCGGUCAUCGAGGAUGAGGCCUUCCAAGGAGCGUCUUCUCUCGUAGAAUUAAUGCUCACGAACAACAAACUGAGUAAUGUCACCGGACGCUCUUUCGUAGGACUCAAAAACCUGCGGACGCUGAUGUUACGAAGCAACAGACUUUCCUGCAUUACCAAUGAGACCUUCACUGGACUCAAGGCAGUCAGACUUCUGUCAUUGUAUGAUAAUGCCAUCAGCACCAUUAUGCCUGGUUCCUUGGAUUCUAUGAAAGCUUUGGCAACUCUAAAUCUGCUUGGAAACCCGUUAAACUGUAACUGCCAUCUGUCCUGGUUACCUGACUACCUGUCUGCUCGUCUGAUCAUCACCGGUGAACCACGCUGCCAGGAGCCCUCUACACUCCAGGACACACCCAUUCAGACUCUCCAGAGAGACCAGUUCACCUGUGAAGGGAAUGAUCACAACAGCUGCCUCCCAUCCCUAGCCUGCCCCAGGGAGUGUGCCUGCAGUGGCACGGUGGUCAGGUGUAGCCGCAAAGAACUCACACUACCCCCUCGUUUCAUCCCAACGGGGGCUACUGAGCUGUACCUGGAUUCCAAUCAGAUGAUCACUGUACCAGAGAGGCUGAGCAGUCUCAAGAGUCUUCAUACAUUAGACCUGAGCAUGAACCAGAUUGCCAUGUUACCAGACUUUGCAUUUGCCAACAUGACCAAGCUUUCGACUCUGAUCCUGAGUUAUAACCGUAUCAGCUGUAUUCCAGAUGGAGCAUUCAUGGGUCUCAACUCUCUCAGAAUUCUGUCUCUCCAUGGUAACAACAUCUCAAUCAUCUCAGAAAGCUCCUUUUCAGACUUCACAUCACUCACUCACCUGGCUUUGGGUGGUAACCCUCUCUACUGUGAUUGUCACCUGCAUUGGCUGUCAGACUGGGUCAAAGAUGGGUUCAAGGAACCAGGCAUUGCUAGCUGCGCCGAUCCAUACAUCCUCAGAGGAAAGCUCCUCCUUACAGCGCCCUCUAAGAAGUUUCUCUGUACAGAGGAGCCGGACAUCUCCAUUCGUGCAAAGUGUGACCCUUGCCUCUCAGCCCCCUGUGAGAACGAAGGAGUGUGUUUGACCGACCCCAUCGAGAGGUACAGGUGCCAGUGUCCGGCAGGGUUCAAAGGUCAACAUUGCGAGGCGGAGGUCAACGAGUGUGACCAGAGGCCGUGCAUGAACGGAGGGGUCUGCGAGAACUUGGCUGGUGGUUUCAGGUGUGACUGUUCUACAGGUUUCUCCGGUGACAUGUGUGAGGUCAACGUCGACGACUGUAAGGCACAUCUCUGUCUCAACAACGCAACCUGCGUGGAUGGCAUCAACAACUACACCUGCCGCUGCUCGCAGGGCUACAAGGGUGACUAUUGCGAAGUGGAUAUUGACCUUUGUCACCCCAUGAGUGACCCUUGCCAAAAUGGAGGUGUCUGCUUUGACCUUGGCCACUCAUACAGAUGCGAGUGUCCACCAGGCUACCGAGGGAUCAACUGCACCGAUGGUUAUGAAGAUUGCCGCACGCGUCCUUGUCUGAACGACGGAGAAUGCGAGCAGGACGGAAACCAGUUUGCCUGCCGAUGCCCACAGGGAUACAUCGGUCAGACCUGUGAGAUGAACGCCAACAUCUACAUCAGCGACACCCCCUGCAGUUGCCUCAACAACGGACAGUGCUACGACAACAACGUCACCGACUCGGAGGAAUGCCGCUGCUUACCGGGCUUCUAUGGCACCAAGUGUGAGAUUCCAACCAGCAUGAGUUUCAGGUUAGGGCAAGAGGUGUACGUGCAGUACCCUGCACCUAAUAAUCCUCAGAUAGUCAACUUUACUCUCAUCUUUGCCACCACCAUUGAGAAUGGAGUCCUGCUUUACCUGGGCAACAUCAACCACAUCGCGGCGGAGCUGUUCCGAGGCCGUAUCCGCGUCAGCUACGACGUCGGCAACUUCCCAGCUGCUACCAUGUUCAACCAGAAGAAGUUGAACAACGGCGAGUUCCACAAGCUGCAGCUGGUCCUCUACAGGCGCAACGUAUCGAUGUCCAUUGACGGUGGUCCCUGGCAAACCAAGACCAAUGCAGGAGAAGAGGAGUAUCUACAGGUGGACGAACCCAUGUAUGUGGGAGGCUUGCCAAGGCAUCUGCAGAACUUUGCUGUUAAUCAGUGGCAUAUACGCAAUAGAUCCAGUUUCCAAGGUUGUAUCCGAGCUUUCUUCGUCAACAAUGAGCCCAAGCGCCUGAGUGAUGCCUCUGAUCGGAUGAGCGUCAAGGAAGGCUGUCCGAACUACGACAUGCCCAACCCCUGCCUUGAGAACAGAUGCGUCAACGGUUUCUGCCACAACGUAGAUGAAUCCAUGUACCGCUGCGACUGUCAGGACGGCUGGAUGGGUACAUUCUGCGAUAGAGAAACAACAUGCACAAGUAUCAAGGUCAACAAUACGUAUGAAAUGGACGGUUGCCAAACGCUACGGCCCAUCCGGAACGCAACGUGUGCCGGUGAGUGCGGCCUAUCGUGCUGCAAGCCGGCCCGAAGUCACAUGAGGAACGUGAGGCUUCACUGCCCCGAUGGCACGACUAUCACGCAGGAGAUCAAGAUAGUGAGGAAUUGUGCGUGCCAGGGUUGCGAAGGAGGGUAAAGGGAAGGGCGCCACCUCCCUUGCCUUACGUAACAACGAUCUAGACUCGCGCACACCUCCUCCUCCUUUUACAUAAGCAGCUAGCGUCACUCAUGUACGAUACUUAGAGUUGGAGUGAGAAUGCCUCAUGAACUGUUUAUAUAUUUGCGUGACAGGCAUCCUGUGACUCAAACCGAGGAACUUUUUGUGGCAAAGGAUGAAAGGACUAGCAUUGGAAGCAAAUUGGCAUCCACUGUGGUGAUGCUCGAGGAGUGGAAUUCACGGAAUACUGGAAAAGUUGUACAAGGGGCUUGGAGCUGAUGAUCGAGGAGGACACUAGUACCCAAUGAAUUGCCAAUAUAUAUUGUAUUAUAAUUAUUUGUACACACUAUAUGCAUGGGUAUUGUUUUCACUGUUACCGAGGAGAGACACAAUUCAUCUAUUGAUACUGAUCCCUCGGAGAGCCAGUGUUUCUGAAGGACUACUACAGCAUUAUUGCACUCAUUAAUUCUGGAUAAAACCUUUACUCCUUAAUUUGUUCUAAAUACUCUCGUAACAUAUGUGUUUUUAUCCGUUAUUAAGGCCCUGAAGUCUAAUUUGAGAAUUGUGCAAAUUUGUACACUAUACUAAAUGUUACACAAGCACAAGAAAGUAUACAUCUGUUUGGCCAGAUUGUUCAUUUCACUGAAUUGCGAUACUGAGGUGUGCACUUGAUAACUUCUCUGUACCAUGUAAGCGAAAUAUGUGCUUUUGGUGUGGAGUUUGAAACGGUUUCUCCUCGUGAACAGCGCUGAAGUACACAAUUUACUAGUACCAUUGUUGCACUAUGUGUGGCAAGGGUUUAUGAAGUAUUAGGGGCCAAGCGGGUAUAUAUAGAAAGGUGAAAUAAUUGUACAUGUAUAUCAAACAAAAAAAUUGAAUGGUGUCACCGCAUAUUUGUAUAUUUAUCUAGAAUGUUUCUUUGUACAUAAAGUGUAGCUUGGCUUUUGUGACGUCGAGCACAAAGCUGUUGUGUUGUUAAUUGCCUCGUGUCUGUAUAGAUUUACAGCCAUGAUUAUUUACUUGUGAAUCAAGUAUUUUUAGGGAAUUCUCCGCACUGCCAGGGACCGUUUUUACAUUGUUACUUACAACUCUUUUAUUUGUGAAAAUUGAUAAUUCCAUGUGCUCAUCAAAGUAACCUGUCAUAAAAGAUGAUUGGCCUGAAACAAGAAUCAUUAAACGUUAUUUGUCUCAAUUGCACGAAAGUUGGAGUAUCUAAUAUUUGAAAUAGUCGAAAAAUUAAACAAUAUGCUAACGUUUAAUAAUGUGAAUAUGAAUAUGUAUACCAGUUGUAAAUUCUAUAUGUGCCACUUGAGCAACUUCGAGUAAUAUUUUUGUUUUAAGAUAUAUUUUUGCAUUGUCAGGAAAAAUUAUGUGAAUUUUGAAAAAGAUAUGCAAAAUCUAAUGAUAGGUUCGCACAUUAGUGUAAAAUUGUUGAAUGUUUGUCGAUUUUGAAUCCCUGUCUACUAGGGACAUUAAUUGUAUUGAAGUUUGAGUGAAAUCAUACGAUGAAAAUCAUGAAAAGAAUUUAUUGCUUGCACAAUUUUUACCAUUGUAGUAAUUAAUGGUUUCAUAAAAAAUAAAGAGAAUAUGAGAAGAAGGUAGAUUUUCAAAUGUGUGCAUAAACUUAAUGGGUAGGAGCUAAUGCAGGAUACACAAACAUGUAUGAAUAUGUAGUCCUCACUUUGUCGGUACAUAUGUGAUAUCACGGUUUUAAUCCUAAAAGGUUUUCACACUAAUUUGAAUUGUAAAAAAUCUCUGAAUAUUGGCCUUUUCAGGAAAUGAAAGUGAAAUACAUUGCUGAUAGUUUGUUUAAUGCAACAGGCAAAGUGCUAGGACAAUUCACUCCUCUCAUUUGUAAAGGCUUACCCAAAAUUGAUUUAAUUAAUAAAAUCUAUUUAAAAACACACCUGUGCUAAUAUGUUUAUUGCUUAUAUUUCAUUUUGAUGAUUAGAAUGUAUUAGCGUAAGAAUGAUACUGGUGAUGUACUGCUUGAAAGUGAUAACAGGAUUGGUUUAUUAAAUUAGAAAAAAUAAACAAAAUGUGGCGAGGGCAUUUUGAAGAUGAGAUUCUACUUGUAUGCAUUUCAAUUGUUGAUAUGAUUCUGAUUUUUAUGUAUUUAUCAUGUAAAUAUUUAAUCAUUUAACACACGAUUAGAUGUAAGUGAUGAUGACAAUGCCCUUGCUUUCCAGGGAGUGUGUCGACAGAAAGUGAGUGCUGUAUACCAAAAUAAAACUAUCAAAUUGUAUUCAAUUGGUUAACAUCAUAGUAAAUGUUUUUGACAAGUUUCAAAUUUAAUUGAAACCCCCUAAUUUGCAUUAUUAAUCAGACCAAUACUGGCUAUUAGUUCAGACUAUUUACUUUUGAAAUUAUAACAUUGUUUUUGACAAAAGUUGAAUGAUUUCAAAAUGGCCCAGUAGACAGUUUUGAAGAACUUUCCAAUAUAAUGUUCUUUCUUAUGACAUAGACAAAGUAUAAUUUGUUAAUAAAAAACAUAUAUACCCCUGAAAAAUUCAGGUGAAAUUCUGAUCUUCUUCUAACUUUUCAAAAUAAUUUUUUUCUCUCAUUUUAUUCAAGACAUAUUCACCAAAAACUGGUUUGAAUCAAUUAAAUUCUAUUUAGGGUUUGUUUGUCUGUAAUUGUUAUACAUAAGACAUAAUGGUGAAGAUAUAGCACUUCACCAUGUCAUGAAUCAUUUUGAAUUUUCUCUUUCAUGCCAUCUCUAAUACAUGUAUUGUAUUGGUAAAUUUAUGCUACAAAAAGGCAUAACAUGUGGCCAAACUAUUUUGUUCUAGAGAAUUGCCAAACUACCUGAAAGAUUUGUUGUCCUUCUAGAGUGUAUUUUUUUCUAUCCAUUUCAUAAGAAGUUAAGACUUUUCCAGUAUAUUCUAAUUGCCAAAAUUCCCCAUUUAGUUUGAUUUACAUGGAUGUGAAUUGUCUUUAUACUUUCUAUAAGAUUUUUAAGUCCACUUUGCGUGAGUAUAUGACCACUGUAUUUUUGUGUGUCAUUGUUUUGUUUGUAUAUCAGUUUUAUAUUCUACUUAUUUAUCAAUUUCAUAUGCAACCUUUUAGAUUUUUUUGAAAAGUACAAAGCUCUGUUUAUACUCGUCAUUUUGCAUUAUUAACAAAUGGGUUUAUUUUAAUAUUUGUAUGUAUAUAGCAUAUUGGUUCAUUGUGGAUGAAAUAAAUCUUGAUUUAAUACAAUUUUUCAAAGUCCAUGUCCUUUUUAUCACUAUUAUCGAUGUCAUUACUACUAUUGUUAUUGUACAUCAUGCCAGUGAGUUUUGUGACAUAAUUAUUUUGUGGAUAAGUUGUUCGGAUACCCCUUACCAUUAUCAUUAAAUGAUUAUGCUCCUUCUAUCAUGUUGCAUCUCAAAAUCCAAAAUCUAUUUUUUUGUGGUUGUACUUUUACUGGUACUGAAACAUUCGCUCGUUGAUAUUUUCACCCCAAAAGGUCCGGUUUUAUGAAUUUUUAACUUUGUAACUGUACUCUAUGCUUGUUAAUAGUAUGCUGCUAGCUAUUACCACAAUCAUGAAGACUAUUAAAACAAACUAAUGUAAACUGAAA